AGGCAGGAACACGAGCAGUUCACUGCUGGCUAACUGGUCGGAGAAGUCGGCGAAGCCGAGUCCUGAGCCUGGCGGCCCCCCAACGACCCCCUCUCUCGAUCCAUCGAGAGAAACGUGUUCGCGAGUGUACCCGAGUUCGGUUUACCUGGAGUUGUUCAGUUGCGACCGACACCCAAAGUUACGCACGUGCUGCUCGCGACCCAGGACAAGCCAGGAUCCAUCGGUAGCGAUCCAGAGAUCGAGCUGGACUCCGGAGCGGAUCGUGAUCCUGCUGGAAACCGGCCCAGAAGCUACCCAAGCUGAUUCAGUCCGUCCCACUGAUUCUCGUUGAUCGAUACGAUCCAGGAUGAUCGUCCUCGCGUGGUCCCUCUUCGUGUUGGUGUCGUUGCUCGUCACCAGCAACCAGGCGUUCCUCGCAGCUCCACUACCAGUUCACGGUGUGUCGAGCUACAAUGUGACAGGCGCUCAAAAACGUUUGGAGAGCAGCGAGAUGAUUCAGAAAAUUGAGAAUAGUGAUCGCCGGGGCGAGUCGACGACUGACUAUCGGUCGGAGGACGAGAAGACCGUUUACGUUAUCGAAUUCGAGUCGGAGUCCAACGAAAAGGAAGAGCAGAGCAAAAGAAAAGACGGACCUGCUGGCAGGUUUCUGUUUGUUUCAGUAGACGGGGACGAUCAGAACCCGCUGGAUCCGUGGUCGAUCGUCUGGUACAUCGGUUCGUUCGGCGGCCUGGUAGCGUUCUUCCUGAUAGUGAGCUGCUCGGAAUGGUGUUGUCGUCGAGGCGGUCGUCCUUUGACAGUGCCGUACGCCCAGCGAACAGAGGUGAUGAACGGCAGCCAGGUGGUCACGGAGACACCGCCACCCCCGUAUCACUUGUUCGCGCCGCCUCCGUACGAUUCCGUUAAUUACGGGGAGAUCGUCGACAAGGCUUCCGGCGAGAAGCUGGACAUCUACGUGAUCUCGGUGCCGAUCCACAGGCCGGUCGUCCAGGUUCCGGCAUAGGAGCCUCCCCGAAGACAUCCUCAUCGUUUGACGAGGACUCGGACGAAUCGCUGCCAUGAAACACGACACGGACAGUGUCGCGGUAUCUGACAAUCGUUCACUGAACCGCGGGUGAAUGAUUUCGAAUGAUAGGGAACAACCGAUGGAUCCCGAACAAUCAGGUCCCCUGGAACGGGGUGAUUCGAAGUUGGACCCUUUUUCUUGACAAUCGUCUCUCCCUCUUGAUCCGCCGUGAACGAUCACGACGUAGCGGAUCAGAGAGGAACGCGAGACGAGCAACGUGUUUUAAACACAGAGGCCACCUCUCUGUUCAGAAUCUGACCGAUUUUAGCGGACUCAACGAGAGAAUAAUCGGGGUUCUUGAUAGAUCGAACGAGCAGCGUUGUUUUAUUGCCCGGAGGACCAACCACUCGUAGAAAGACUCGUUGAUUUGGAAACGGUAUUGGAGGAAUUAGAGGGGAAGGAUCGCACUACUCGGAGAGUAAAAGAAUGUAGAGUCUAGAAUGAUUUAGAGCGAUUCAGCAUUUCUGAAGAGGCCGGUACACACGAGUCGGGGCUCUGGAACGGAUGUUAUCCUGAAACGGAUUGAAUUCAAGAUUCAAAGGUUUCGCGUAAUUGUAGACGUUUCUCGUUUUCCAAAGGAAACCAUGUAGAAACCGCUCAUAGAAUAUUCCCUCGUUGUUGGUCGGGGAAUUUUAGUGGGCGCACGAACGCUUUAUCUACCGGAAGUUCUCAUUUUGGAAAUUUCGAGACAGCAUAAGCAGCUAAUUAGACUCAACGAAUGCUAUUUUAUUUAGCCGGUAGGUAAUGUGUUAAUUGCGAGACUGCAGGCGAGGAGGUGGUUUUAUCUAGAGUGUACCGAGCUGAGCUAUCGUUCGACAAAUAGGACGAGCUUUUAGCGGGCUUAGGAGCCAUGGAAGAUUCGGUCGGUGUAUCCUCGAAUACCAUGUUGUCGUGCAUCAAUGUGGAUCGUUGAGGGACUAGCCACGAUCUAUGCGUAGGAGCCAUGGGAUUUUCUUUUCUAACGAGUCACUCGUCCUAUCACUGCCCUGCCAUGUGAAUUAAUGAACAUUUUACGCCAUACUCUCGUACAUUCUUCUCUAGCCUCUAAUUUAAGGAAAGUGAGAAGCAACGCACAACGUUGAGCCUCGAAACAGAGGGAUAUAUCGCUUCGAGGAUCUAAUACCGAAUUCCUAUGAGUCGCGCUGGUUGCAGAGAUCAAUUCGUUCAAGCAUAUCGUUAACUGUUAGAUAAUAGCUCGACGACAGGGUCGGCCGCGACCCGUCCUAGAUAGCGUACCCACGUGAAUUUACAUUUUUAUAGAUUCGUUUAACCCUUGCUCGACUGUACAGGCAGAUGUCCGAUGACCGGGUCAGUUGUGGCCCGAGUUGGAAAUUAUUUAUCACACAAAAUGAAUAGACGGAAUAUAAAACGAUAGGAGAAUUCGGAGAAGAUACAUUAUUUCGUUGUCGUUAGUAGAUUAUCAUAGUAACGGGUCUCCAAAGACCCAGGCAUUGUUGCGCAAGGGUUGAAACUAUUGGAAAAACGAACACCGCAUUUCGUAAUUCGUUUAUUCGCGCGUACACGUGAACACGUGCGCGCGAACUUCAAAUUUAAUCGUCGAUAUUGUCGGCCACCAUUAACCCCAAUCACGAUUGUAUCAAGUCCGGCAAUUGCGAGCAACUAUACUUAGAGCAAAAAAGAAGGAAAUUCAGCUGAAAGAGAUCGCGAAAACAGGUCUGGAUCGCCAACGCGUGUAAAUCAUUAGAUAGAAAAUUUCUUGUGACGAGAACGUAAGAUGUUGCACACGUGCCACAAGUGCGUAGAGAUCCACAGUCGUUAUUGCCACAAUCCACAUUUGCAUAUUUCUGUUCGUUUAAAUAUUAUUAUUUUACUUCUGGCGACAUAAACUGCGCGGUAACACGGUGUUUUUCUAUAAAAUGUUCGGUAUCUUGCAUUCUGGGCACAUAAGUGAAUAAUGAGCUCCUUUAUUUGCUGUACGAUUGUUUGGAUUAAUUAAACAGACGAGCGACAAGAUUAUUUAAACAUGCGCCGUACGUUCUGCGAGUGGAAAAUAACCUGCGUACGCAGAGUGAAUCAAAAUCGAACGAUCGAAUCGAUAGAUCCUUUCUUGGAGACCGACGGACGACGAAGUAAUUUAUUUUCGUACGUGAAUUCCACGAAAAUUGCGUUUGAAAAUUCGAAGAUUACCACUCUGUGCGCGCGCAUCCGAUGCGAGUCCCAGGAAACCCGACGCGGGAUUUUUAAACGAGAUUAUUUUCGAAAACAAAACUACGAACGAAAAAAAUUGAUUCCUCGUUUCUUGUUGUUUGUAGAGUCAUCUUCGAAUAAAGGAUAGCUUCGGAUUGCAUCGUAAAUUCUGAGACACUUCGUAUUUCUGUCAGGUACAAGACGCGCAAGCUGGAAUUCGCGAAAAGAUACGAUGAAACUUUAUUAUUACAUCCGAGAUAUCUCGCUAUUCGGAUUUACUUAUGUAGAAAUAUUCCAAAUAUUUUACAGAAGGACAAAAAUAUUCGAGAACCGCAGUGAAAAAUGUGUGUGAGAGAUGCUCGAGACAAGUUUGUGUAUUACGUUAUCGCGAACGAAGGAAUCUGCGAAUCUAGUUUAUUUAUAUUAUUGCAUUGAUCUCCACCAUUUAGAUUUAACAAAUGAUUAGUGUUCAUGUAUGAAGAGAGCAAGAGAGAAGGAUAAAUGGAUUUGUGUGCGUGAGAGAAUAAAUUGUGCGUUGAAUGAUAGCGAAAUUUACCGUAAAAUUAAGAACAACGUCAAUUAUUCGUAUAAUGAUUAUUGUUAUCGUCAUUAUUUGUCACUAGUGAAGUUAUUGUCAUCGAAUUGUGAUCGUGAUCGUAAUCGUGAUCGUGAUCGUGAUCUCGGCGACAAUGGGAACACCUCACGAUGGAUUCACUCUCAUUAAGACUUUUACAAAGUCGCAGCGUCAUCGCUAUUUAUUUUUUAUACUUUUAUACAUACCGUUUAUACGUGUUCGAAUCGUCUCUACGUUACCAAUAAAAUUUCUUUUCUCACAAAA